UUUUCAAACUUUAAAGUGGCUGGUCAGCCGUACCAAUGGUGGACAAAUCACUCCUUUCUUCGAGAAUCUGUGGGCGCGUCAACUUUACUAGAAUCCACAGAACCAGUGAAAAUGGCUGCGUAUCUUAAUAUAAAAGGAACAAAAAGAAUAGAGACAGAGAACGAAGAUUUUCAUUUCAAUUUUUAUUUUUUGUUGAAGGAGAGAAUAUGGUGACUCUAUUGGUGGCCACUACCAGAGAUCCGGCAUCCAUCAAUCCUGCCACCGCCCUCUUGGCCAUGGCCGGAUGGCAACCUGGCCAUUCUCUUCAGGAAAUUAAGAGUUUUUGUAAUCAACAAGUGAGGCUAUUACAACACGACAAAAGCAUUGUGGAAGAAGACGACUUGGAUCGCCGGUGGGAGGAGGCAACCUGUGAGGUGGUGGAUGAGGUUAUCUUUUUCAGCAGACACACUGCCGUUUCAAACCGUCCUGCGCUUACUGUUCAUCCGAUCGGAGUGCCUCAUUUGCGCGAAGGAGAUGUUACGCCCCAAGGCGGGAAGCCAGGAUGGGCUGCGCCUCCUGAUCCCAGGAUGGGACCAUGGCUCAGACUUUUGAAAAAAAUUGCUGAGUCUCAUAAUUUAGUUCCAGAGUUUGAGAUUACUUUAGAGGGUACUCAUCAUGGACCAGUGACUACUAAGCCAACAAUGUUCAUUGAAAUUGGUAGCACGGAAGAGUACUGGAAGAGGCAAGAUGCUGCUCAAGUCGUUGCUCUAUUAGUUUGGGAAGGACUCGGACUUGGAGGAGCGACAUCAGUUGGAGACUGGAGCAGUGCAAGUGACAAGAGAAGAGUACUCCUUGGAAUUGGUGGUGGACACUACGCACCUCGGCAUAUGGAUAUAGUUUUAAAAGAUGGCGUUUGGGUGGGACACCUACUUUCCGGGUAUUCUAUACCCAUGGAAGAUCCAGGUCAGACAAACAAGGGUACAAAUGCAAAAGAUAUUGGUGGAACUUGGAGAGAAGCAAUUAAAGCUGCAUAUGAUGCUACUAAAAUAGCUUUCCCUGGUGGGGAAAUUUUGGCACAUCUUGAUCACAAGAGUUUCAAGAGCUGGCAGAAAAAUGCUGUUAUUUCUUUUUUAGGAGAACAGAACAUUAAAAUUGGGAAGCCCGGUGAUUUCCAUUAAUUGCAAUUGGAAGCAUGGGAGGACUUUUAUUCUAUAAACAGGUAAGCGUAAAUCAGAUGGCACAGCAGAAGAUUUGAGUUAUAUGCACUUCCCAUUGACAUCCUAUUAAUUCUUUCUGCCAAGUGAUUUAUUAUAUGUAGAAGGUGGAAUCCAUUUGAAAGUGAUAUCAUAAAAAAAAUGUAAGCAUUUUUUAUCCUGGGUGCUUCAUACAUUUUAGGUAAACCAAGCUUUGUAAUUUUGUAAAAUGAUCAGACCUUGUACUGCUAAUCGCAAUAGUAUCAAUAUAAUGGCGGAGAAUAUUAUUAUUUCUAA